AUGACUUCCGCCGUACAAGGACAUGUCAUAACAGCGACCGAACCCGCGAUCGAUCUAUGUGGGCAGGGUAACAAGCCUGUGUUGUUUGUGGUUACUUCUCCUGGGGAAAAAGAAAAAGAUAAUCAAUAUUUUGGUGAAAGAGACAGGGAAGUGAGUGAGAAUAAAAGUACAAGAGAUGAUGGGGAUGACAAGUUUGAAACGAAAAAGGAAGAGAGCGUAAUGCCGAACGAUAAACCAAACGGGGAUGACGCAAAAUGCGAGGAGGAUAAAAUCGACGAACUGUUUAGGAGGCAAGAUCAGUUAUGGAAGAAGAUCAAAGAAAUGCAACAACAGGAAACAAAAGAAGAACUCUCACUCUCAUCCCGCUCGAUAUCCUUACGUACCACGCCGUCAUUUACGUCACGGUGCAAGCCAACAUCAAUACAUUCGCAGCCGCAGGCUAAGGAGUUGAUAUCAAGAAAAUUAUCGGGGCGAUGCCGAAUAAACGGCAAGACUGAUGGAAUAUUGGCAAAAAUAUUAGCACCACCACCAAAGCCAUCACUCUCACGGGAUAAGUUUAUGCAACUAGUAGCUAGUCUUCAGGAAGCCGGGUCUUCGCUGGAGAGGGAAGCUAUUGUAGAGAACUUGGUACCUAAUUAUGUGAUAACUUGCGAUCAAUUGGGCCGCAUACUUGCUCUUCUCUCUUUUCCGACCGAGCGCACGUUUGCAGCUCGUACUCUUGCACCAUAUGUGCGGGAUAGAUAUCAUCGUACUCAUGACAUCUUACCUCCGCUCUUAUGGCUUACUCGCAGUGAGAAGAGGGAAAUCCUGGAUAUUCUGAUAAGUGCCACAAGUCUGGCGUGUUGA